AUGGUGCAAACUACCGCCCAUAACUACGCCCAGGACAAGUUGAUGCCGCGUAUUCUGAUGGCCAAUCGGAAUGAGACCUUUGAUCGCGAAAUUAUGAAUGAGUUUGGCGAAAUGGGAAUGCUGGGGGCUACGCUGCCCGAGAAAUAUGGCUGUUCCAAUGUUAACUAUGUUUGUUAUGGCUUGAUGGCACGUGAAGUGGAACGAGUGGAUUCCGGCUAUCGGUCUGCAAUGAGUGUGCAAUCCUCUCUGGUCAUGCAUCCGAUUCAUGCUUAUGGCAAUGAGGCGCAGCGGGAAAAAUAUCUGCCCAAGCUGGCUACCGGUGAAUGGGUGGGUUGUUUUGGUCUGACUGAGCCUGAUCAUGGCUCCGAUCCCAGCAGCAUGGUGACCAAUGCAAAAGCAGUCGACGGCGGUUAUCUGCUCAAUGGUGCAAAAAUGUGGAUUACUAAUUCACCAAUCGCGGAUCUCGCAGUGGUCUGGGCGAAACUUGAUGGUGAAAUCAGAGGCUUUGUGGUGGAGCGUGAGUUUGAAGGAUUCAGUACACCAAAAAUUGAAGGUAAAUUGAGUCUGCGCGCAUCGAUCACCGGCCAGAUUGUGCUCGAGGAUGUAUUUGUCCCGGAAGAAAAUCUGCUGCCUGAAGGCAGAGGUCUGGGUGGUCCGUUCGGAUGUUUGAACAAAGCACGCUAUGGUAUUGCCUGGGGGGCUAUGGGUGCGGCGGAAUUCUGUAUGCACGCAGCUCGAACGUAUACCCUUGAGCGUAAGCAGUUCAAUCGGCCGUUGGCGGCAACUCAGCUGGUACAGAAAAAACUGGCGGAUAUGCAAACCGAAAUCACGCUGGGUUUACAAAGCGCGCUGCGUAUGGGGCGCAUGCUUGACGAAGGUAAUCUCCCUAUUGAAGUCAUCUCGCUGAUGAAGCGCAAUAACUGUGGUAAGUCUCUGGAAAUAGCUCGCGUUGCACGUGACAUGCAUGGCGGCAACGGUAUUGCUGACGAAUAUCAUGUGAUGCGCCAUCUGAUGAAUCUGGAAACGGUAGUCGGCGAAGCGGCAAGCGGUGAAGAAGCGAUUCAGCUCGCACGCACGUUAUCGCCUGAUAUCGUCCUUAUGGACAUUGUCAUGCCAGGCAUGGGUGGCCUUGAAGCUACCCAGCGAAUAGUAAGACAACAACAACGCACGGCGGUGGUGGCACUGACGGCUCAUGGUGACGCGCCGUUUCCAACGCAGAUGAUGAAGGCAGGGGCCCUGGGUUACCUCACCAAAGGGGUUGAAUUACAGGAGCUGGAAAAAGCACUGCGGCGGGUCUAUGCCGGCAAGCGAUAUGUUUGUAAUGAAGUCGCUCAAGAGCUGGCAAGUUAUGCCUUUGAAGACAAUAUUGAAAGUCCGUUUGCGAUUCUGUCACAUCGGGAAAUGCAGAUAACAAUGAUGGUGGUUGGCUGUCAGAAGGUCAGUCAGAUCUCCGGCAGUCUGCACUUAUCACCCAAAACGGUUAACAGCUAUCGUUACCGUAUCUUCGAGAAACUGAAAAUCUCUUCAGAUGUUGAACUGGUUCUGCUGGCGGUGAAACACGGCAUGGUGUCUGCAACUCAUCGCGGUCCAUUGCCAGCACCAAGACAGGUUGCAUUAGCCCCCGGUUGGCAAACAGCUAAGGUGGUUGUUCGCUAUCCUGAGUACCAUGCCCGUCCGGUUGGCAACUGGGGAGACAGGCGUUGUCGUGUGCUGGUGGUAGGGCUGGCGCCCGGUCUUCACGGCGCUGCCCGUACCGGUAAAGCAUUUGUGGGUGAUGCCAGUGGGGAGUUUCUUUUCGAGCGCCUGUAUCACAAUGGUUUUGCCACCCACGCCGAUCCGCAACAAGCCAGCUUGAUCAACCUGCGGCUGACCAAUGUGGUUAAGUGUCUGCCGCCGGGUAAUGCUCCGGUUGCCAGUGAGAUUAAUCAAUGUGCUGGUUUUCUGGCUCAGGAGCUGGCAGAACUUCUACGUCCGCAAGCGCGUCAGCCCCGGGUUGUGCUGGCGUUGGGUGGCGUUGCCCAUCGUGCAGUGUGUCGAACGCUGGGGAUACCUGCGGGAAAUUUCCAACACAAUGGUACGGUGCCUCUGGGAAGCCGCCACGCGCUGGUCAGUAGUUUUCAUCCCAGCCGACUCAAUGUGAAUACCGGCCGUUUGACCAAGCCGAUGUUUGAUCAGGUGCUGCAGAAUGUCCGCAGCCUGGUCCGUGAUGAUGUCAUGGCUAGCCCCUCUUAG